AAUCGGUAAGAGCGUUUGCUCAUCUUUUGGCUUUGCCGGAAAUUUGUCUUCUGUGCGUUUUUUUGUAUGCGGUGGGUGGAAGCAGAUGUUCACUUUCAUCAUUCACCAUUAGUAUAUAUAAGGCCCCAGUUGGUUACAAAAAGUACUCAGUUGACUUCCAAAUUUGUUGCAUUGCAGACAUCACUUGGAUUUUCUCACUAACAGUGUAUACAGAACGUAUUUAAGAAAUCGAACAAAAAAUGAGGGAAUGUAUAUCAGUACAUAUCGGCCAAGCUGGUGUCCAAAUUGGUAAUGCAUGUUGGGAACUAUACUGUCUUGAACAUGGUAUUCAACCUGAUGGUCAGAUGCCUUCUGAUAAAACUGUCGGUGGCGGUGACGACUCAUUCAACACAUUCUUCAGCGAAACUGGUUCGGGUAAACACGUUCCACGCGCCGUCUUUGUAGAUUUGGAACCCACUGUGGUCGAUGAAGUUCGCACUGGUACUUAUCGCCAACUGUUUCAUCCUGAACAAUUGAUAACUGGCAAAGAAGAUGCUGCCAACAAUUACGCCCGAGGUCACUACACCAUUGGUAAAGAAAUUGUGGAUUUAGUCUUGGAUCGCAUUCGAAAAUUAGCCGAUCAAUGUACCGGAUUGCAAGGCUUUUUAGUGUUCCAUUCCUUUGGUGGUGGAACCGGAAGUGGAUUCACAUCAUUGCUUAUGGAACGUCUUUCAGUGGAUUACGGCAAAAAGUCAAAGUUGGAAUUUUCAAUUUAUCCAGCGCCACAGGUCUCAACCGCAGUUGUUGAACCAUACAAUUCAAUUUUAACCACCCACACAACACUGGAACACUCGGAUUGUGCGUUUAUGGUGGACAACGAGGCCAUUUAUGAUAUUUGUCGACGCAACCUGGAUAUAGAACGCCCAACCUACACUAAUUUAAAUCGUUUAAUUGGACAGAUAGUUUCGUCGAUAACGGCAUCGCUACGCUUCGAUGGUGCUCUCAAUGUCGAUUUAACAGAAUUCCAAACCAAUCUGGUGCCAUACCCAAGAAUUCACUUCCCGUUGGCAACUUAUGCUCCCGUCAUUUCGGCGGAAAAGGCCUACCAUGAACAAUUGACGGUUGCUGAGAUUACGAAUGCAUGCUUUGAGCCAGCCAAUCAAAUGGUGAAAUGUGAUCCACGUCGUGGUAAAUACAUGGCUUGUUGUAUGUUGUACCGUGGUGACGUUGUCCCUAAAGAUGUCAAUGCUGCUAUUGCAACAAUUAAAACGAAACGAUCGAUACAAUUUGUUGAUUGGUGCCCAACCGGGUUUAAGGUUGGUAUCAACUAUCAGCCUCCUACCGUUGUGCCAGGAGGAGACUUGGCUAAGGUACAGCGAGCUGUUUGUAUGCUAUCCAACACAACGGCGAUUGCUGAGGCGUGGGCUAGAUUGGAUCAUAAGUUUGACUUGAUGUACGCCAAGCGUGCUUUCGUACAUUGGUAUGUCGGUGAAGGUAUGGAAGAAGGUGAGUUUUCCGAAGCUCGGGAAGAUUUAGCCGCACUUGAAAAAGAUUAUGAAGAAGUAGGUAUCGACUCAGGAGACAACGAUAUUGGCGAGGGCGAUGAAUACUAAGGAAAUAACAAUAUACCCAAUCAGCUUUAUGCUACUCUUUCAAUAACUCCAUACACCACUCCGUUUGCUAUCGAAUCGGCAAUUUUACCUUUAAUAAAAAAUGCAUUUUAAAAGAUUAA